UAGACCAUGUUAGUAGCAUCUUAAGGCUAACCGCUACGCGCUUUGCGGGAAUUGUGCAUCGGAGAGUUUAUUUUGGGUGUUGGCGUCUUUUUGUUUUUGGAGUCUUGAUAUUUGUAUAUCUGUUGGCUGGAUCCUCAAGUUAAGUAACUGUUCAUCGGCUUCAGGUUUUUAUGUUGCAUAUACAGAUAGACAAAGCUAUUAAAAGUUCUUGAUUCAUCCAUCUAUUGUGGAUCUCUUCACUAUCAUCAAUAUGCCUAUCUCAAAGAAUAGUAUAUCUUCUCCACUGGAAGCAGGUACAUCAUUGCUUCAACCAAUGCAAUUACCAUCCGAAUUACUCGAAGCUCUUGAUUAUGUAUCAAAACGUUUGGUACGAAAAGGACUUCACCUAUCAUUAAUUGUCGUCAAGAGAGACCAUCAACUUCAAAGUCCUCUUAUAUCCAAAUCUGUAACCGCACCCGGUUCUCACUCUCUCAUUGCGUCGCCGACAACACUUCUCUACAAUAACGCACCACUUACAUCUUACACUCGCGAUAUUUCACCUUCGAGUCGAAGAUCUUCCCAUUUGAGCUCCCGUGCCGCAAGUCCAAGUAACACGAUCAUUUCCAAUUCUCCUUCCGAACGGUCAACUUCCACAGCGGCAUCUACACUCUCCACAUCCACAAUCUAUCUCUCCCGCACAAAAUACUCCGGACUUCCCUCAUCCCCAAAAGAUACCAUGGCCCACCACCUCCGCGCAUCCAUUUCUCCCCCCUCGACCCCUUGCACCCCAACCACAGAAUGGACAGCCCAAGACACACCAAAUCGCUACGGCAUCACCCUAAUGCAUUCCACCACCCUAACCCCACGCACCGAACGCAUCUUACGUGCCACCAUAUCCCGGGCUGAGAAAAAAUUCCCCGCUAUCGGUGGAAACUGGCUAUCUACAUCAUCGCUCUCGGAACCCAUAACCGAUUCUCCCACUCAAAAUCUAAUCCAGCGUUCUCUUUCUCAAAAUCGUCUUGUUUUUACAAGUGCCGGUUUAUCGCUCUACUCUCUCGAUUACUUGUAUACAUUUAAAUGCGCCCUGCAUGUUUAUUCUCGUAGUCUUUCGGGAGAGGAUAUGAAAAUUGCGGUUGAUGAGUUGAGGCGAUUGGUGUUAGUACGGGAGGGGAAGAAAGUUGCAAGAGGGGAGUUGGUGAAAUGUUAUGAGUGGUUGGGGAUUUCGCUAAAUGCGCUGUGUGAUGUUGAGGAGGGGUAUAGGAAGUUUUAUGGGGGUGGAUUGAGGGAGGGCGCGAUUUUAAAGGAGGAGGGGAGAUGUGUUGUGGGGAAUUUGUCGGUGAGGACUUCGUUUGUGGGAGGGGGAUUGAGGUUGGGGAGAGUGCUAAGGGGAAAAGUCCGGUUUGGGGGAGGGGGAUGGAGAGAGAGGAUAGGGAGGGGCGAUAGAACGCCCAAUCGAGUAGAGGAUCUUAGUCCUGGGACUAGAGGGGAGUGGGAGUUUUUGAUGAAAGGGGAGAGGAGAUUUACGCUUGUUGAGGUGGAUUGUUAGUGCUGUGGUUGUUUUGACUGGAUGAUUUUUGGAGGUGUUUGUUCUGCUUCGGUUUGGUUUCGUUUGGUCUGGUCUGGUCUGGUAUAUGGACUAACUAACUGGUGUUAUGUAUCAUGGCGUAUAAAUUACCUGAAAACAAGGGCUGUGAUCGGGUGGAGUAUAUUUAUUUAUUUAGUAUGAUUGGUUGGUUGGUUUGAUUUUGGGGAUUUCUUGGAAGGGUUGGAUCCAGGAUUAUGAUCUAGGGAAUUGAGAAAGUGGGUGAAAUUUGUGUGUG